AGAAGAAGAGCGGAAAUAGCAAAGUGUCGCACCGGUGCUGUUUCACUGUUACACAUUGUUGGAAAGUGCUGCGCCAGGAAUACUCUCCAAAUCUCACAGUAAUACAGUCACCUGUAAUGGCCAAGCUCCAGGGCUUUGAGUUCUGGAGGAAGACCCUGAAGGAGGCAACCUAUGUGGUGGCACCCAUGGUGGACCAGAGCGAGCUGGCCUGGCGCCUGCUGAGUCGUCGGCACGGUGCUCACCUCUGCUACACCCCCAUGCUGCACGCUCAGGUGUUUGUUCGUGACGCCAACUACAGGAGAGAAAACCUGUACAAUGAGGUUUGUGAGGAGGACAGACCUCUCAUCACACAGUUUUGUGCCAAUGAUCCGGAGGUGUUCAUUAAGGCGGCUCUGCUGGCUCAGGACUACUGCGACGCCAUCGACCUCAACCUGGGCUGUCCACAGAUGAUUGCUAAAAGAGGCCACUAUGGAGUUUUCCUACAAGACGAAUGGGAGUUAUUAGAGAAAAUGGUGAAGGUAGCCAACGAAAAGCUGUCGGUGCCCAUCACAUGUAAGAUCCGUGUGUUCAAGGAUAUUGAAAAGACAGUCCGCUACGCCCAGAUGCUGGAGAAAGCUGGAUGUCAGCUGCUGACUGUGCAUGGCAGAACCAAAGACCAGAAAGGAGCAAUGACUGGUAUCGCUAGCUGGGAGCACAUCAAGGCCGUACGGAAGGCAAUAAAUAUUCCCGUGUUUGCUAAUGGCAACAUUCAGCACCUGAGUGAUGUGGAGCGCUGCAUUCAGGAGACAGGAGUGCAGGGAGUUAUGAGUGCAGAGGGGAACCUCCAUAACCCUGCACUGUUUGAAGGACGCAGCCCCCCGGUGUGGGAGAUGGCUGAGGAGUAUUUAGAGGUGGUUAAGCAGCACCCCCCCUGCAGCCUGUCCUACGUACGAGCCCACCUGUUCAAGCUCUGGCACCACACGCUACAGAUCCACCAGGACCUGAGGGAGGAGUUGGCCAAGGUGAAGACCCUCGAGGCUCUGGCGGAUAUCAGCAAGCAGCUGCGGCUGCGCUGUCAGGAGGAGAUAGCUAAAGGAAAGGAUGUGGAAGAGAAGGAGAGCAGUCUGUCUUUCCCCCACUGGAUCUGCCAGCCGUACAUCAGACCAGCGCCAAAGGACCCGGUUGCCAACGGUAACAGCCAGGGUUCAGAGGUGAAGAAGACGGUGUGUCAGAAGAGGGCACUGGAGGACUCCGAUGGGACAGCUGACACACUCUCCAAAAACAAGCAGAAGAAGAGAUCCCGCAACCCCAACAAGAACUUCUGUCCUGAGCAGAAACCCAAGUACAUCAAAUGUGAGCAGUGUGGGAACCCAAAGGGAAACAAGUGUGUCUUCAACCUGUGUCGAGGCUGCUGUAAGAAGAAGGCUUACAAAGAGGUGGCAGACUGUCCAAGCCACGGACUGAGGUUCAAGACCAAGGCAGAGAAGCGGAAAGCUGAGGAGGAUGAGAAGAAGGAGGACGAGAGGAAGGAGGGCACAGAGACGGAGAGAAGCUGCAGCUCUCCUCGGCCUCUCUCAGAUCCACUCACAGAGCUGCAGGAGCAGUCAAAGGCACAGCUGCCACUAUGAGCAGGACAAUGACUAUCUCUACAUGCACAAACCAAACUCUCAAUAUGACUCUGAGCUGUCACUGGUUAUGACUAACUCAGUUAAGGCCACUUCUCUGAUUAGACUCUCUGAUAGACACCUGGGGAUCAUCUCAUAUUAAAACAUCCUAGAGACAUUUUGAUAUCAAAAAUUAAAGUAGGUUCACACAAUAUUCUUGUGCCACGAACAUUUCAGCCAUCUUCAUUAUGUUGUGUUACCCAUUGAAGAACAGUUCAGUCCAGAUGUUCACUAUAGUACAGAUCAGUGCAACAAGGCUGCUGUGUGGGGCUACUUUGGUUUAUUUUGCUGCUGCUGAAGACAUUAGUUGGCAAGCUGAUGUGUUUAUUCAGCCAAUAGUGAGAUGUACUCAGAGGGUAAUUAAGCGUCAUGGAAGCAGGUAACCAGAUUCAUGUGUUAAGUAGAGGUGGCCAUGAUUAGUGAGGAUGUACAGUAUACUCACAACACAGCUGCUGCUAGGUAACCUCAGUGAUAAGUGUCUGUCUGUACGGGAUUGAUGAUGUAAUAUGGAUGGACAUCGAUCAGCAGACCAAAACCAUAUUUUUUUAUGUGAUGUGGAUUUCCUAGAGAAUGAUCAAUUUGGGAUUUUUUUUUUUUUUUGAUGGGACAGUUGGGAAGUUUCCUCAUCUUUUAUUUUUAAGACAAAGAUUUUAUUGGGAGGAUGAAUUUUGGGGCAAAGUUGUUACUGAGCCACCAAAGUUAAAAGAUUCCGAUUGAUGGAGAAAAACCCUGUCUUCACAGAUUUUAUUUCUUUCAUUUAAGUUCAUGAGUGUAGUUGCAUUUUCAACUCAUUAGUUGAACUAUUUAUUUUUGGUAAAAGUUUGCCUGUAGUACAUUGUCUCAUGUUUGUGCCUUUUGAUGAGAAAUACCACUGCCUAUUCAGAUAUGAACUCAAGCUCAUAAGGCGAAAAAGGGGGAGAGAAGGAUUAAAGUGGUGCUCCAUCUGCUGUUGUCUAAGACAUGCCCAGUGACUACACGGUCCAAAGAGAUGCAUUUAAAGGUGCUACCUGUGUAAUUGUGCAUACAGUGUAAAAAGUCAUACCACAACAUUUUGGGAAAGGUACUUCUUUACCAUCCUACAGUCAUCUAAGCAGCUCAAUAUCAAAGUCAUCUGUGUAAGUGUUUAGCCUAGCUUAGCACGAAGUUUGGAAGCUAGCGCAACUCUUAUCAAAAGUGGAAAUAAAUGAAACUCCAAAAAACUU